CAGACAGUUUAAGUGACUUGCCCAAGGUCACACAGCUUUUUUUCUUAUAAGGCUAAUUAUUACAAGGCACAUGUCAGUGAAUCAGCAAGAUCUAGAUCCAGACAGUACUACAGACAUGGAAGAUGUUACAAAUGCUGAAGAAGAACUUAUUAAAGAAUGUGAAGAAAUGUGGAAAGAUAUGGAAGAAUGUCAGAAAAAAUUAUCACUUGUUGGAACUGAGACACUCACUGAUUCAAAUGCUCAGCUGUCAUUAUUAAUUAUGCAAGCGAAAUGUUUGACUGCUGAACUCAAUCAAUGGCAGAAAGAAAGUCCUGGAAUAAUUCCACUGAAUGAAGAAGUUCUUGUAACAUUAGGCAAAGAAGAGUUCCAAAAAUUGAGACAUGAUCUUGAAUUGGUGCUCUCUACUAUUCAGUCAAAGAAUGAAAAGCUAAAGGAAGACUUGGAAAGGGAGCAACAGUGGUUGGAUGAACAACAACAGAUACUGCAAUCUCUUAAUGUACUACACAAUGAAUUGAAACAUCAGGUUGUGACAUUUUCUGAAUCAAGAAUCUUUGAUGAGCUGAAAACUAAAAUGCAUGAUAUAAAAGAAUAUAAGGAGAAACUCUUGAUUACCUUGGGUGAGUUUCUGGAAGAUCAUUUUCCUCUGCCUGAUAGAAAUGUGAAAAAGAAAAAGAAAAAGAAAAACAUUCAAGAAUCAACUGCACAGCUGAUAACACUGCAUGAAAUGUUAGAGAUUCUUUUAAAUAGAUUAUUUGAUGUUCCACAUGAUCCAUAUGUCAAAAUUAGUGAUUCUUUUUGGCCACCUUAUAUUGAGCUGCUCCUUCGUAAUGGAAUUGCCUUGAGACAUCCAGAAGAUCCAACCCGAAUACGAUUAGAAGCCUUCCAUCAGUAAAAGGAUGGUCUCUUUUUUUCACACAGUACUUAAUGAAUCUUGUCAUUCAAGGAUAAUAGAAACACUGAGGAUUUACUUGGAUAAAGAAUGUUAUUUGCAAAUCAAAGUACAUAGUCCCUCUUCCUUUUAUCCAUAAAAUGACCUGUGCCAUCUACUAUUCAUUUAUAAAUGGUUCUUUCAAUUCAUUCAGUGCUUUGGUGUGUUCAACUGGAUGGAAAAGAAUGCAAGUAAAAAUAUUCUAGACUUAAUCAUUAUAAAAGUUUUGAUAUACCUUCUGCAGUAUUCUUUGGAAAAUUCUUUGUUAAUUUAUAAUAUUGCUUAUGUAAUUUUCUCCUUUUGAAAUUUAUGACAGUUUAUUUUAUGCAUUUUGAGUUCCAUUUGGUGCUUAUGUCUUUAAAUUUAGGAAUUAUAAUGGAAAGGCCAUUUAAUUUGCAGGUGGUUUUUAAAUUGACAGUAUCUGAUGUAGAUGGAAUACAUAAUUUAAAAGUAGUAAAUCUGUUCCAUGUAUACUGCCUUAUUUCUAGAUUUGUUAAAAAUUGGAACAGAAACUAAUGGAUAAGGGUAGCAUGAAAACUAUAUUUUAGUAUGUAUUAUAUACCAAGUGAUAUUAUAUAUUAAACCAUUCUUGAUUGUUAGUUAUUGUUAACAAAAUUGUGUUGAUAAAAUUUUGUUAA